AUGUCGGAGGACGACCUCCCCUACGAGGUGCAAAUCACUAUCUCCGGCGAUCUAAAAACUAUUGGCCGUUACAGCUUCGGGAACCAGCUCAAUUCCACCAUGAUCGCGCACCCGAAGGUCAAUCCCGUUUCUCGCGAGCUCUUCGCACUCAGCUAUGAUGUGUCCAGGCCGUACCUGAAGUAUUUUCGGUUCUUGCCGGAGGGGGAGAAAUCGCCGGACAUGGAAAUCCGACUCUUUGUAGGGGAGAUGAUCAAUGGAGGGUCACCGGUGAUGUACGACGGCAAAAAAAAUCGAGGCUCGGGAUUCUCCCCAAUUUUUACAUCUGUUUCUGCUUCUUGGUUUGGUGGUGGUGGUGGUGGUAAGUGCUGGUAG